UCUCUGAACGGCUAAACCCCUGCUAAACCUUACCCCUCUCUCUCUCUCUCUCCCUCUCUCUCUCUCUCUAGCAAUGCGUCGUUAAUGGCGGUCUACAGAUCUCUCAAAACCCUAAUCCGUCGAACAACCCCUGCCAACAAAUUCUACUUCACAUCCCCCUCUCCCUUCCCAUCUCCCACGUACUCUUUCCUCUCUCCUCUUUCCCGCUCUCGCUCUCUCUCUCCUCUCUCCAGAUGGAUCACCCCCUUCCACGGCCCUCUCUUCCUCUCCUCUCCCCCGUGGAAGCUCUCUCAGUCCGCCACUCCCCUUUACUUCCAAUCCGACGUCGUCCUCGUCCCAUCCAUCCCGGCCUUGGAAUUGCUACGGAGGCGGAAAUUUCCGGUCAAUUUGGAGUGCGAUCGGAUCGUUAGGAAGGAACCGAGCGAAAGCGAGGCUGGUGAGCUUGUGGAGAAUUUCGUGAAUUUGCCGAACUUGAUCUCGAUCGGCCGAUUGGUCUCCGGCCCGUUUCUCGGAUGGAUGAUCUUACAUGGAAUGUAUCUUCCUGCAUUUGUCGGACUAGCUAUCUCUGGGGCAUCUGAUUGGCUUGAUGGAUACGUGGCUAGGAGAAUGGGAAUCAAUUCUGUUGUAGGUUCUUAUCUUGACCCUCUUGCAGACAAGGUUCUAAUCGGAUGUGUUGCUUUGGCGAUGGUAGAUAAUGGUCUUUUACACCCUGGACUCGUUGGCCUUGUAGUGCUGCGAGACGUUGCGCUUAUUGGUGGUGCAUUUUAUAGAAGAGCUAGCAGUUUAGGUUUUGAGUGGAAAAGUUGGUCAGACUUCUUCAAUAUUGAUCGGACCCGUCCCGAGAAGGUUGAGCCUCUGUUUCUCAGCAAGGUUAAUACAGUUUUCCAACUGGCCUUAGUUGCUGCUGCUCUUCUUCAACCAGACUUUGGGACCCCAGAAACCGAGGCAUACAUCACAUACUUGAGUUGGCUAGUAGCUUCAACAACAGUAGCUUCCUCUGCAGCAUACGGAGUGCAACAUUUGAGGGGUGGAUAUGUGACAACCAUAGGGAAGCAUUAGCUUGAAUUUCAAGCUAGAAUUAUAGAGCAACUCGUUUCACCAGCUUUGAGAAGUGGUUUUUCCAUGACAUCGGGAUAACUGAAAUAGACCUGAGGCCAUUUAAGUUGUGUUUGGAUCUUGGAUUUCUGGAGGGAUCUAUGAAGGAAAUGGAAAGGUAAAGGGAUUUCUCGUUCUCUAUUCACCUCGUGACAAAUCAUUCUCCUAUAUUCUUUCCUCUUCAAAUUAUUGCACGACUUGGAAAUUCAAGUUAAGCCUUAAGUCGCCUCUGGAACCGGACCCCAACACACGGGCUUAGGUCAUGAAGCAAGAUUUCUAUGUACCUUUGAAAUGGUGAGAACUUUUGGAUAUGUUAAGUCACCAUCGUCGCCAAAGAAACACACAGUUGUAAAGAUCAUUUUGUUUGGAAUAGGCAGGAGUGAUUCUUGUGAAACACUUCAUGUACAUAUAUAACUGAAAAGAAGCAUAAUUUUAAGGAAACACACAAACGUGGGUUUUCCGUCGUAGUUUACAAUCCAUGGCUCUGGUUGAUUCCU